CUCAAAGCUCUCGCCUGCGUGACGCAAACAGACAGGGAUCGGCGCUAAACGAGGCCACGCAUUGUCUGGCCCUCCCGCCCUCCGUUGCGAGCGAGCAACGUGAUUGGCCCAGGCCUCGGAAAGAGUGCCCGGGGAUCCAAAUGUACAGGCCGCAUUUAUCUUAGUGUCGAAAAAUAAACCCAAACAAUAACAGACACAACCGAGAAAGGAAACAUAUCGACGAUCAAUUUGAAGGAGUCCAUUAUAAGGGUUCUCUCUCCCAAUGGAAGGAAGACACACCAGCAACACACUGUUCUUAUUUUAGAGUGCAUUGUCAUCAAAUGUGAAGCUUUUUUAAGAUCAAAGAGAUGGACCACGGUGGAGGGAUCCUGGAGCUACACACACAGGAGUUAAAGAUGCCUCACACCAUGAUCAUGCAAGACUUUGUGGCAGGAAUGAGGGGCCUGGCCCACAUCGACGGGGAUCACAUUUUGGUGUCUGUGCCUGAGGGCAUGCUCCUGUCUGACGUCAUGACAGACGAAGGCAUCCUGUUGGAGCACGGCCUGGAGGUGCAGGGCCUCGAGACGGAGGUGGAGGUGGAAGGCCUCGAGACGGAAGUUGAAGGCUUUGGAGCGGAGGUGGUGGAGCUAGAGACACAGAUGGUUGAGGGCCUCGAGACGGAGGUGGUUGAAGGCCUGGAGGUCGAGGCCCUGGAGGCGGAGGUGGAAGUCGAGGGCCUUGAAGCAGAGGUAGAGGUCCUAGAGGAAUAUCUAGAGACUGAGGUGAUUGAAGGCCCUGACAUCGGACACGAACACUUGCUGGGUUCCGAAGUGGCCAUCGAGGAGGCUAUAGACUCUCACCAUCACCAUGUUCUAACAUCAGACCUCAUCCAGGGCUCAGUCCACCAUCACCACCACCACAUGCCAGACCAGCUUUUUGUGGAGCACCAGGAGGAGGAGGAGGAGGACGGGUUGGAGGGCUUGGACCAGGAGGUGUUGGUGGGGGAGGAGGAGACAGUGAUCCAGGCCCACGAGGAGCUGCCGGUGGACGUGGAGGCUGUCUCUCUGCAGACUGAUGAGGAGGACUACCUCAUGAUCUCCUUGGAUGACGUUGGUGAGAAGCUGGACAGAGGAGACACUCCUCUAGAGAUCACUACUGAGGUGAUGCAUGAUGAAGACUCCAACAAGGAGGGGUCCGAGGUCAUCAAGGUCUACAUCUUCAAAGCCGAGGCUGAUGAUGAUGUGGAGAUAGGUGGGACCGAGGUGGUGUCUGAAAGUGACUGCCAUAACGGCCACCAUGCUGGGUCGGAGUCUGGGGGAGGAGGCAGACAUGGCCGGGGGGAGAGGAUGGUCUACAUGGCUGUGAAGGACCACGCCCAGUCAGAGGAAGAUAUCAAUGUGUCAGACAUGGCAGAGCAGGUGUACAUGGAGGUGAUUGUUGGAGAGGAGGAGACCUCUGCAGUCCAGGAGAACCAGCUAGAUGACUCUCCAAACAGCAAGAUGUUAGUCCCUGUCUCCUGGGCUGCUGCCUACGAUAACAACAGUGUGGACACGGUGAGGAAUGGAGGGACCAGGCCAUACCUUCAGAUCAGAGACGGUCAGGGCACCAACAGAGCCCUCAAACAGAAGAUCAAGAAGAAGAAGAGGAAUGGCGAGACACGGCAGUGCCAGACCGCUGUGAUCAUCGGUCCAGACGGCAUGCCCCUGACCGUCUACCCCUGUCACAUCUGUGGUAAGAAGUUCAGGUCACAAGGCUUCCUCAAGUGCCACAUGAAGAACCAUCCUGACCACCACCUUAAGAAGUACCAAUGUACCGACUGUGACUUCACCACCAACAAGAAGGUCAACUUCCACAACCACCUGGAGUCCCACAAGCUACUGGUCCAUCGCAGUGACAGAGACAGAACCUCUUCCCCAGACUACCCAGAAUACAACAGGACCACCCCAGACUACCCAGAAUACAACAGGACCACCCCAGAGUACCCAGAAUACAACAGGACCACCCCAGAGUACCCAGAAUACAACAGGACCACCCCAGAGUACACAGAGUACACCCGGCGUUACCACGAAGACAGCCAGCUAGGAUCUAACAAGCUGAUCCUGAGGGACAAGGAGUCCAAACUGCACCACUGUAAGUACUGUGACUAUGAGACUGCAGAGCAGGGGCUCCUCAACCGCCACCUAUUGGCCGUUCACAGCAGGAACUUCGCCCACGUGUGCGUGGAGUGUGCUAAAGGCUUCCGUCACCCGUCAGAGCUCAAGAAGCACAUGCGGACCCACACGGGGGAGAAGCCGUACUGCUGCCCGCACUGUGACUUUCGCUGUGCAGACCAGUCCAACCUAAAGACUCACAUCAAGAGCAAGCACGGUGCCGACCUGCCUUUUAAGUGUGGCCACUGCCCCCAGGCCUACGCUGACGUAGGGGAGCUACAGCGGCACACAGAGAUGGUGCAGGGCCACAAGACCCACCAGUGUCCCCACUGUGAACACAAGAGCACCAACUCCUCUGAUCUAAAACGACACAUUAUAUCUGUUCACACCAAAGACUUCCCUCACCAGUGUGACGUGUGUGAGAAGGGCUUCCACCGGCCCUCUGAGCUGAAGAAACACUCAGAGACGCACAAGGGCAGCAAGGUGCACCAGUGCAGGCACUGUAACUUCACGACCUCUGACCCUUUCACCCUCAGCAGACACAUCCUGUCCGUUCACACCAAGGACCUCCCCUUUAAGUGUAAACGCUGCCGGCGAGGGUUCCGCCAGUCCACGGAGCUGAAGAAACACAUGAAGACCCACAGCGGGAGGAAGGUGUACCAGUGUCAGUACUGCGAGUACAACAGCCCGGACGCUUCAGGAUUCAAACGCCACGUGAUUUCGAUCCACACCAAGGAAUACCCCCACUGCUGUGACUACUGUUGUAAAGGCUUCCGAAGGCCCUCGGAGAAGAGCCAGCACAUAGCCAGACAUCACAAAGAUAUGCUGAUGGAGCGUUGUUAAUACAAUGUUGACACAACGUUACCCGGACAGACAGACUGGCACACUCACUCCUUAGUCUACCUGAUUCACACGACAAAGGGGGAACACGUUUAGGCAGUUGAUAAGGAUGGAAUGGUACAUUUAGACUGCUAGCGACGAUAACAUUCUGACUGUUUCUCUUUUUCUACUGGUUGUAUAGAGUAGGAAGAGGUCUCACCAGACCCCCCCUCCCCAUUCCCUCUCCCCCAGGCGUAAUCAAACUAAGCAUGUGGUGGAAGUUGGUGAAGUUUAAAACCAGUGUAUAUGUUGUCAGUGGUGCGCCUGUCACUCUUUCUGUAUUUAUCUGCAGAGAGACGAUUCACCAUAUGAUGAACAUUUAUUUUUUUCAGGGUCUCAAAAUAUGUCUGUGUGUAUUCCUGUUGAAUAUCUGGAAGAAAGAAAUGGACAGAAGUCCUCUAAUAUAGGAAGUGGUUAUUUGAGAACAUCAUUCAGGCCUGUUCUUCUCUAUCUCACCAGACUGUAUCUGGAUCAAACUAGUGCAUACUGUAUCUGGAUCAAACUAGUGCAUACUGUAUCUGGAUCAAACUAGUGCAUACUGUAUCUGGAUCAAACUAGUGCAUACUGGAUCUGGAUCAAACUAGUGCACACUGUAUCUGGAUCAAACUAGUGCAUACUGUAUCUGGAUCAGACUACUGUAUCAAACUAGUGCAUACUGUAUCUGGAUCAAACUAGUGCAUACUGUAUCUGGAUCAAACUAGUGCAUACUGGAGAGCUGCAAUGCUCUGCUAACAACUUGUCUUCAAACCUGGGUUCAAAUCAUUUUUUUAAUAUUUCUUAUACGUUUAGCAUUUCCUUUAACCUGCCUAGAGUGGACUUUUGCGAAUCGGUUGGUUCUGUUUUGCCUGGCAAGCCAAACGAAGGUAUGUAUUUGAAAUUAUUACAAAUAGUUUUUGAACCCAGGUCUAAGUAUCCUCCCAAUAACCUGGUUUAUACCCUAAUACCGUUUGUUUUAAAGGCAAUCUGAAUCACAAUCAUGUCAUUAUGAGCCUGUGGGCCCUGUUUGGGUGGUCCACCUGUGAGGUCAGAGUGGAACAAUGUUUACACAAGCACCUUAAUCUACGAGCAUUGAAACCAACUCGUUUUUUUAAAAAACAAACAGAACUUUGUUUUUGUUUCUUCUUAACAGUGCCAAUUUAUUAUUAAUUCAACUUUAAUGUUUUGGUGUUUGGUGGACAGAUGGUUCUGUAUGUUUGGUAAAAACUUCAGCUGUUGUCACCACAGUUUUUUGACCUUGUGAUUGCCACUGUAAGUUGUGUAUAUGACCUUGUGAAUGCCACUGUAAGUUGUGUAUAUGACCUUGUGAAUGCCACUGUAAGUUGUGUAUGUGUCAUCACAUAGAACACAGAUGUGGUCACACACAAGCCAACCAUCCGAUGGUCAGGUCUUAUGUUCUGUUUCUCCUCAUGCACUGAGCUCUGCUAAAACAGACAUCUGAAAAGUAAAGUGAUUUUAAGUCUCAAACAUAUGCCGUGUAAAGAGAUUGUGUGUUUGAGUCAGUAGAAAGCACUUUAACUAUUAUUUUGUUAAUUUUACAUGUACGCAAAGGUGUAUAAUGUAUAUUCCCUGAAUGAGACAAUAUGAGUGUUGUGGGUAUUUCAGGGCCUGGAGUGGGACGGUAGCGACCAGUAUUCAUCCAAAUGUAUUAUCAAAAGAGAGCUGUCUAAUGAACUCUUCUGUUUUCAUAUCUGUUAGGUAAUUGGUUGGUCAUUCUGUUGAGAUUUCUGCUCACUGGUGUCCAGCAACCCCACAGUCAGUUGGCUACACACACCUUAAGUACAAUGGUGGAGAGAUUGUCGUUGGAGUCUUAAAGUAUGCACAUAGUAGGCUGGCCAUGAAAUGAAUUGUGUUUCAAAAAAAAUGUAUGUAUUUUUUUUUUUGUCUGACUUCAGAAACUACUGGUGAGGAGCAACCAAAAUAAACAAUUACCUUUUUA